UGUAGGCAGAUUCUGGGCAUGGUUACGUUGGGGAACAUGCUCUCGUCUGUUCUGGCUGGGAAGGUUAGGCCAUCUGAUCCCAUAAGCAAAGUUCUCUUAAAACAGUUUAAACAGGUGCGCCUAACUGAUAACCUGGGCAAACUCUCACGUAUCCUGGAGACGGACCAUUUUGCCCUUGUUGUGAAUGAACAGAUUCAGAAUAUGAGUGAUGGAUCCCCCAAGAUGAGGCAGAUGGUAUUUGGGGUCGUGACAGUCAUUGACCUGCUGAACUACGUGGCCACACAUGAAAGGAGGGAACGCUCGCUGUCCGAGUGCUCUCUGUCUGAAGAGCAGUGAACGAUCAAGAGUGUGGGAACACA